AUGUCUCAUCAUACCGGCGAAGGUUGGUCUGAACGCAACCCCAUCCCUACUGUUCAACAGUAUCGACAGCAACAGGAAGAACUUCGUGCAGCCAAUGCUCACGACAACACUUCUCGUCUUGCCAAAUCGGAAUCUGAUGAAGCCGCUCCUGCUUUCACUCUCAGUGUUCCUGCCACUGACGGCACUGGAGCUUCCACCACCACUGGAGCUGCACCCGCUAUCCAAGGCUCUCUCGACGGUCUAAGGCAGCGAAAGGGCACCUCUACCACCACUGACCAAGCCUCCUCUGCCGACGCUCCCCGUCCCAAGAAAGAGGACGGUGUAGACUCGGCCCCCGGCGGGGGCGCCGAAGAAAAAGAACGAAUCAAAAAAGCUUACGCCCCUAAAGGCAAAGCCAACGAAUUCGAAGAACAAGGCGAACGAAUCGUUACCGACCCAACCACCGGUGGAGAAGUUGAAAUCCGUGAUGCUUCCGAGAACGCAAAGAUCGACUCUGACAAACUCGACUCUCGUUACGGAUCCGGUUUCUCCUCCAACAUCCCCAAAGACUACUCUAAACUCCACCCCCUCAACACGUCCCCUGACCCUGCCGAGCCGAGUAACAUCUUGCUCCACCGCUUUCCUGAACCCGUUAGCAGCGAUGCGGUGCAGCGUAUGCACGCUGCGUUCAACCAGCUUGCGAUGGGUCUCGGCGGCUGUCUUGCGCUGAUUUGGUUCUUCUUUGCGUUUGGCAAUGGUUGGUGGAAAUUUUUGGUGCGGACCUCGAUUUUGGCUGGGGUUGGGUUUGCCGGUUGGACGGGGUUGCAUCUGCAAUCGAGGAAGAUCGAGAAGGAGCAUGAUGCAAUUCGGGCCGAAAUGCACAAACAGCGCGGUCAACAGCUUUCGCCUCCCAUGCCCGAAAGUGUGGAAUGGUUGAACGCUGCGAUUGCUUGCGUGUGGAAGCAGAUCAAUCCGGACAUGUUCAUCUCUGUAGCGGAUAUGGUAGAGGAUAUCAUGCAACAGUCUUUGCCUGGCUUUGUCGAUGCGGUUAAGAUCGACGAUAUCGGCAUCGGUGAAAAUCCUUUCCGCUUAGUAGCUAUGCGUGGAUUGGCGGAUAUGAUGUCCGACAAAGAAUAUCCGCGCGAGGAAUGGAUCACUCAAGGAAAACAAGUUCCUGAUACCGAAGCCGAGAAAAAGCAAACUGAAGAGAAGAAGAAAAACAAGUCUGAAGCCGAAAAAGCUCUCGAGGUGGCCGAAGACGCCGACGGCAACGGUGUAGCCGACGAAGACGAGAGUGGCGAUUUCCUCAACUUUGAAGUUUCCUUCUCCUACUCUGCUCGUCCUGGCCAAUCGAACAAGGAUCGAGCGAAGAACAUCCAUCUCAUGGUCGAGUUUUUCAUUGGAGCCUACGAUCUGUUCCAGAUCCCGCUACCGAUUUGGAUUCAGAUCGAACAUAUUUCAGGAACGGUAAGGUUGAGGUGUCAGAUGGUUCAACAGGCUCCUUACAUCCGUAACCUUACCUUCAGUCUUAUGGGUGUACCCAAGGUGGAGAUCUCGGCUAUCCCUAUGCUGAAAGCUUUGCCUAAUGUGUUGGAUCUGCCUCUGAUCUCUGGCUUUGUACAAUCGUCGAUUGCGGCGGCGGCGAACAUGUAUGUCGCGCCGAAGAGUAUGACCUUGAACAUGGCCCAGAUGUUGUCGGGUGAUGGGAUCAAGAAGGAUACGGAUGCAGUGGGUGUGUUGGUGGUGGAUAUCGAGUAUGGUGAAGGGCUUAGUGCGCAAGAUACCAACGGGAAGAGCGAUCCGUAUGUUGUGCUGUCGUUUGCCAAGUUCGGUCGUCCUCUCUACUCCUCUCGUAUCAUCUUCGAAGAUCUCAACCCCGUUUGGCAAGAGACUGCUUUCUUGCUGGUCACCAAGGACGACAUUCGAGCCAAUGAAUCCCUUUCGAUCCAGCUCUGGGAUUCCGAUGCCCGUACAGCGGAUGACAUUGUCGGACGAGUCAACAAACCCAUCAAAGAGUUCGUUCGCAACGCCAAUACGCCUCAAGAUCGCAAGGACAAACUUAUGGGAUUCGAAGAUGCCGACGACAUGCCCGGCACGCUCAAGUGGAAAGUCGCAUUCUACGAAAAAGCCGACUUCAAUAAGGCUUUGGUACCGAAGAAGAAGGAGGAGAAGAUGACAAAGGUGGAGAAAGAAACUCAGAGGGAAGCUUCUGCGAUCGAUAGCGAGGAUGAAAAGACCGCUUUGCACUGUCCACCUGAUCCGCAGUAUCCUUCUGGUAUCCUCAGCAUCAUCGUCCAUCACAUCUCCGGCCUCGAAACUCGCGAUGUCGAAAAAGGAGUUAUGGGCAAAGAACGCGAAGGAACCUACGGUCAAGAUGUCUAUGCCAAAGCAGGAGAAGGAAAAGCUCUUCCCUCUGGAUACGUCGAAUUCAUCGUAAACGACGACAUUAUUUACAAAACCCGCGUUAAACAGUAUACUAAUAUGCCGUUUUACGAAGCUGGAACCGAAACUUUCAUUCGCGAUUGGACACGUACCGAAGUGCGUUUGGCCGUUCGAGACGCUCGUCUUCGCGAACACGAUCCUAUCAUGGGCAUUGUUUCCAUCGACCUCACCGAGGUAUUCAGCGAAUCGUCUCAAAUGACGCAGUCGUUCUCGUUGCAAGACGGUGUAGGGUUUGGUAAAGUUCACGCUAGUUUGAUGUUUAGGAGUAUCAAGGCUCAACUUCCCAAGCCGCUUUUGGGAUGGGAUACUGCAACGGUAGAGCUCCUCAGCGAGAUUCAGAUUGAGGGAGAUGAAAAGCUCAAGUCGGAAAAGAUCAAAGUUUCGACCGGGGAUGAUACGCAAAAGAUCUACCCUGGACAGCGUAUUCCUGAUGACGCCGAAACUCUCGUUCGACUUCCUGUCUACGAUCGAUACAGUUCGUUGCUCACUUUCGACCUCGGUGGUGGAGGACUUGCCAUCGGCCCGCUUGGAGGCAAACCAGAUGCAGUCGCCGUUGCCGGCCUGCGCGAUUACGCCGAUGGCGAAAUCUACGAUCUCGAACUGGACAUCAUGUCAGGCGACAACCUCGGCACGCUCAAACGCAACUACAUUAACGAACAAGCACAUAAAACUCAUCCUUUCGAAGUCGUCGGUAAGCUUCGUGUCAAGAUUCGUAUCGAUGCCGGUCUCGAUGACGACCAUCUUCGCUCUGUAGAGCAGUCAACGGGAAGGAAGGACAGGCAUGAGUUUGAUGUGUAUAACAGGUUGGAAGGGAUGCCGAACAGGGCGGUUGAGAAUGCACAUGCCAACGAUGAUGGAGUUAUUGAUAGGGAGGAGAAGAAACAGAUGGAGAGGUCGAAGAAGGAAGCGUUGCAUUCGAGACAUAGGGGUGCAAUGGGGUAUGGGGGAGCUAGGACGGCGGCUUGGGCCAAAGAUGGAGUUAGGGAUAGGAUUAGGAGGACAAAGGAUAAGGUGCUGGGUAAGAAGGGCAGAGAUCAGACGAUUAAGUCUGAGGCCUAA